AUGCACGCCCAGUCCCGCCCCACCAACUUCUAUGAUCCGAAUGCUAAAGAAAUCGUCCAAGUCGGGAUCAAUGUCCAGCUUUGUAAGCGGCUCAUGCUUGUCUGGCUCCAUGGAGUGAACCGAUGUGCGAUUAUGCAUUGGAAGACUGUCGAUUGUGAUUUCAUCAAGGUCGGAUCUAUCAUCGAAAUCGCGGUUAAACCGAUCGAACUGAGAGAGGAGACAUUCUGGGCUCCAUACGAAGUAACCAAAUGCAUCAAAGUCCUGGAGACUGUAAAAAACGAGGUCAAAAUUCAAGACUACACGUGCUUCGCCUUGUACGAAGUGGACUUCGCAAACAGGAACCCAAUGUUUGAUGACUAUUCCGCAAUCUCCGGAAAUUACAUCCUCGAUUCGGAAAUUGGAAAUGUUCUUUUGGAAAGAACGGCGAAGAGUGACGAAGGUAUCCACGCUUCCAAAAAGAUCAUCGAGGAUCACAACGGUAAAAAUGGGCCGUCAAAGGUAGUCGGAUGGUUCAAAUACGUCCGCUGCCUUGUCCCCGCCGCCAUGAUCCAACAAGGAUGUGAUGUUCGCGAAGAAGUCUACAGUUACGUCUGGAGAAUGGAAGAAGUUCUUGGAACCAUGGCAGCCUACAAAGCCAAACAGUCAAGGAUUCUAAGUGAAACCAUUCCAGCCGAGAAACUCCCAGAUUGGACUAAGGAGGAUGACGUGGCGCGUCAAAAACGCCAAGCUCGACUUGAGUUCGAAGCAAACCAAACAAAAGCCCAAGCGGGUCCACCAUCGGCUGUCUCCGGCUCAACCUUCUCUGAUUCGGUCUUUCCACACGAAACCACCCGUCAGCCGGCACCUGCCCCAGUCUACAACUUGCCUCCUGGUGCUCCAGUCCUACCAAACUUCGGAUACGAUGUGUAUGGUACUGCACGUCCUUCGACUGAAGGAUUGUUCCACCGCGCCCGUCAAACUGCUCAGGAACAAGCUGAAUUUGCUCAACAAGCAGCUCGAGAAGCUGAACAACAAGCUGAACUACGUGCUCGACAACAAGCAGAACAGCAAGCUCAACUACGAGCUCAACAACAAGCUGAUCGAGCUCAACAAGCUGCUCGAGAAGCUGAGCAUCAUGCUCAACAACGAGCUCAACAAGCAGCUCGAGAAGCUGAGCUUCAAGCUCAACAACGAGCUCAACAACAAGCUCAACAUGCUAAUCACUCCGCUUUCUCUGCUUACGGAGCAGCCGGACCGGUUGGAAAUGGUCCUUACAGUGCCCCAUCGCUUGGAAAUGGCCAGUAUGCUCCUUCUGUUGCCUCGUCGCGUGGAACUGACCAGUAUGGACCUUCUGCUGCCCCACCAGCACCACAAAGCAAUUCUGGAGCUUUUGGAUUUGGUUACGCCGGACAGCCAGCUGCUCCAAGUCACAUGCCGCCCCACCGCCAGAUCACUAUCGAGGAAUUGGCCAAGAAACUCGAUGAUCUCACGGCGUAUGUCUACCGACAGGACCGUGAGAAGGAAGCUCUUCAUUCGGAGAAGGAGGCUCUUCAUCAGACGAACUGCCACCUGAGAAACGGAUUAGCCAAAAUCAUCUUUGCUGCCGAAUCGAUGAUUGACAUUCCAAAAGUCAAGGCGCAAAUGAAGAUUCAAGACAUUGAUACUUUCAAUGUGCUUGAGGAUGCGAUCGCUGAGGUCAAGGCAGCAUCUAGUGAUCAACAAUUUCGUCCACGUGGAUACUGA